ACCUGAGCAGGGCGCCCCCUGUGUGUGUUUCCUCGCCGACCUGGCCCGACCGCGUGAUGGCUCCCUAUCGUCAGUGGCAGGGCCGGCGGUGAAGAGGCCUGGCCCUUGCCUGCGAGUUCUGACCAGGGACCCCUUGCCGGCCUCCUGCCAGGCACCUGCCUUCUGUCCACAUUUCAGCAGCGCCUCCGAGGCAGCCACUUGCCAGCCCCUGCUCAGGGUCCCCCAGCCUGGCUCCUGGCCCCCGAGAUGGGUUUGCCUUUGUCUUCGCCUGUGUCCUGUGCUCUUCUCAAUCCUUGUUGACGGUUGGCUGGGUUUCAGGACGGCAGAGCAGUUGGGACCAAGGAGUCUGCAGUGGCACCGUUGGCGUCCUGUCCCUGCUCAGCGAUGGACUCACUGUGACCUUAAGUCCUCUGCUGUGAUGUGGGGAAGGGGGUUGUUGACAGCACGGCAGUGCAGGGUGGCACAGAGCUGGGGCCAGUGGCCGGAAAAUGGGACCCCGGCGUCCAGGUUUGGCUUGUGGGAGACACGUGGGAUGCCGCUGUGUGAGUGAGCACUCAUCUGGCGAGGACCUGGCCUGGACAGCCCGGGUUCACGGUUCUCCACAGGCUGUCUGCUUCCAGGUCUCAGCCACUUGUGGCUCAGCUUCCUCCUCUGCGUGCUGGGCGGCAGGGUGGCCCUCUCAGAGGGCUCGGGUAGGACCGAAUGUGGUAAUGGCAUCUAACCCACAUAGAACUGGGCCCGGACCUGGGAGAUGCCUGUGAGUGUCUAUGAACUGGACAGGUGGCUUCUCAGAGCUUCUCUCAGAGAUCAGCGGAGGUUACUGAGGGGACAGGCUUGCGCCCGCUGUUAGUGGAAUGGGUUCCUUUUGGUGCCUGGAUGGUGGUGAGCCCCCUGUCAGUGGGGGAUUCAAGAGAAGUGGGUCUGGCAUAGUGUGCUGGGGGCAGAUGGUUGCUAUUGGCGGGUGCUCGUGCGCAGCCGCUCCCCUGCGGAGAGGUCCCUGUGUGUUGGGGGGCGGGGUUUGCCCUGAGCUGCAGGCACUCAGCUUUGGGGACCAGGUUCCCGUCCAUGGUGUGUGGGAUGCCGUGUGACCUCUGAGCAGAAGUCCCGCCCGCCUGCAGGCUUCCUGCCAGGGAGUGGCGCCACAGCAAGGGACGAGUACCCCGGUGCCAGGCCUGCUGCAGUGCAGGACUGGCGAGACCACCUGGGGCUGGGGGCCUGCCUUGGUCUCCGGGUGCUGCCUGCCAGCUCCUCGCCCAGCAGAGGGGCCUAGGUUGUCUGCCCUGGGAAUCAGGCCCUGCCACAUGGCGUCAUUGCCUCUGGCGGUGGUGAGCGGUGAGAACCUGACCCUCGAGGCCAGUAAAGAAGGAGGGGAGCGAUUUCUCCUCGGCAAGGCCCGCUGUGUGUGGUGGGCAGUGGAGAGAGAAGACACGUCCACAUGGUACGUGCACUCAGACUUCUCCAGCGGCUUUGCUUCUCAGCCCUGAGGUGGAACAGCCCAGAUGCCGUCCGCAUCGGCUGGUGGACAGACAACAUGGAAUGUGGUCCAUCCAUACAGUGGAGUCUCGUCCAGCCGUGAAAAGGACAUUUGGACAAGUCCUGCGAACGUUACACUGAGUGAGAGAAGGCGCAGGACACCCAGUGAUAUGGCAUCCCAUUUACCAAAACCUCCAGAUCCGGCAAAUCCUCAGAGACAGAGGCUGCCACUCCCUCCCCCAAGGGACCCAGACAUGGAGCUGCGGGAAGAGGCCUGGUCUCCGGGGCCGCUGGAUUCCGAGGACCAGCAGAUGGCCAGUCACGAGAACCCAGUGGACAUCCUCAUCAUGGAUGACGAUGACGUCCCCAGCUGGCCCCCGACCAAGCUGUCCCCGCCCCAGUCCGCGCCCCCGGCCGGCCCCCCGCCCCGGCCGCGGCCGCCGGCGCCCUACAUCUGUAAUGAGUGCGGCAAGAGCUUCAGCCACUGGUCCAAGCUGACGCGGCACCAGCGCACGCACACGGGCGAGCGGCCCAACGCCUGCGCCGACUGCGGCAAGACCUUCUCGCAGAGCUCGCACCUGGUGCAGCACCGGCGCAUCCACACGGGCGAGAAGCCAUACGCCUGCUCCGAGUGCGGCAAGCGCUUCAGCUGGAGCUCCAACCUCAUGCAGCACCAGCGCAUCCAUACGGGCGAGAAGCCCUACGCCUGCCCCGACUGCGGCCGCAGCUUCACGCAGAGCAAGAGCCUGGCCAAGCAUCGGCGCUCGCACAGCGGCCUCAAGCCCUUCGUGUGCCCGCGCUGCGGCCGCGGCUUCAGCCAGCCCAAGAGCCUGGCGCGCCACCUGCGGCUGCACCCCGAGCUGUCGGGCCCCGGCGUGGCGGCCAAGGUGCUGGCGGCCAGCGUGCGCCGGGCCAAGGCGCCUGAGGAGGCUGCGGCGGCGGACGGCGAGAUCGCCAUCCCGGUGGGCGACGGCGAGGGCAUCAUCGUGGUGGGCGCGCCGGGCGAGGGGGCCGCGGCGGCCGCAGCCAUGGCGGGCGCGGGGGCCAAGGCGCCGGGGCCCCGCUCGCGGCGCGCCCCGGCCCCCAAGCCGUAUGUGUGCGUGGAGUGCGGGAAGGGCUUCGGGCACGGGGCGGGGCUUAUGGCCCACCAGCGCGCCCAGCACGGGGAUGGGCUCGGGGCGGCGGGGGGCGAGGAGCCCGCGCACAUCUGCGUGGAGUGCGGCGAAGGCUUCGUGCAGGGCGCAGCGCUGCGCAGACACAAGAAGGUGCACGCCGUGGGCGCGCCGUCGGUCUGCAGCCGCUGCGGACAGAGCUACUACCGGGCGGGCGGGGAGGACGGCGACGACGACGACGAGGACGCUGCUGGCGGGCGCUGCAGCGAGUGCCGUGGCGGGGAGGGCCGGUAGGGGUGGAGGCCCGGGGGGGCAGGGCCCCUCGGGCUUGGCGGGGACGCUGGCGCAGGACCCAGAGACCAGAGAGAGGCGGACAGAGGGGCGCCACCGGCGGCGGGGUCUCCUCUCCCUGUCUCCGCCCCUGCGGUCCGCGUGGAGCCACGGGCGGCCCGGGGUGCUAGGGCCCUCCCGCCCCCGCCCUGCACCGUGCCCCGGCCUGGCCCGCCCUUCUGGUUCUUUGCGAGCCCGGGAGGGACCGUGCGUGAGAACUGGAGACGGAGGGACGGAGCCCGCCACUGGACGACCGGUGCCCGCCCCUCUUUCCCUUGCCCGGCCGCCCCCGGGCGCUUGUGAGGAGCCUUCCAGGUCAGAAGGGCCACGCACGGGGAAGGGAAAGAGGGUCCUUUUCCCUUUAGAGUUUUCUUUUAAUCACACCCGCCUCCUGACUGCAUCCUGCCGUAUUUUGAUUCUGCCCUGCGGGUCCUGUUGUUUUUCUUGGCCCUUGUCUUUCCUCCCCUCCCCGGGUUUGGGCCGGGAGGAGUGCUGGAGCGGGACUAGCCCCUGUUCCCCGCGUCCCCGCGGAGCUGGGGUCCGGUCUGUUCCCUGGUCUGGACAUGGCGGCAGGAGGGGUGCGGGGCAAUAAAUGGCACUAUCCGAUUGUC